AAAGGUCUGUGGGGGAGCCGGUGAGCAUCCUGCCGGAGGGCAGCUCCCACCUCGGCCUGGCUGAACCCCGGAAGGCAGCGGCCAGGAGGCUGGGCCGGGGCGGAGCAUAAUACCGGGUUCCCGGCCCGCUCUCUGUCACGGUGCAAGCCCCGCCCCGGCCCGGGUCCCGAGUCCCGCCCUCAGGGAAGGCUCCGUUUCCCCUGCCCGGGUGUCUGUGCAGAGCCGCUGCCGCUGGUCUCCCCAUGGCGAGCUGCUUCCGCGGCCCCCUCUCGGGGCGCCGCUCGCUGCCGGUGCUCCUGCUGCUGCUCCGCGUCUCCCUCGCGCAGGAGAGGGCGGCGGCCACGUCCCUGCUGAGCGGCUAUUUCGGGACCAAGUCCCGGUACGAGGAGGUGAAUCAGCACCUGCUGCGGGACCCUCUCUCCCUGGGGCUCCCGGACCCGGGGUACCUGCUGCCCUCCGCCGCCUGCGCCCCGCUGCAGCUCCGCGCCCUCAUCCGCCACGGCACACGCUUCCCCACCGAGAAGCAGAUCCGCAAGCUGGGCCACCUGCACCGCCUGCUCCGCAGCCAGGAGCGGCCCUGCCCCGCCGCGCAGCGGCUCGCCCGCUGGGACAUGUGGUACCAGCCCGACAUGGACGGGAAGCUGGCGCCCAAGGGCCGCCUCGACAUGGAGCAGCUGGCCAGGCGUCUGGCCGCCCGCUUCCCGGGCCUGCUGGCGCCGCAGCGCCGCUUCGCCUUCGCCAGCAGCUCCAAGCACCGGUGCGUGGACAGCAGCGCCGCCUUCCGCAAGGGGCUGCCGCUGCAGGGCCCGGCCCGAGGUAAUGGAGCGGGAAAGGCUGGCCUGGGUGCCCCGGCGAACACACGGGGCGGUGGAGGGAGUACAGGGGGCCCGCCCCGGGACUGGCCUGGGGGCCUUUGGGCCUCAGCACACACCAGUGGCGCAGAUAUUGAGAAAGAGACAACUGAGAUUAAUGACAAAUUAAUGAGGUUCUUUGAUCAUUGUGAGAGGUUUGUAACCUGCGUAGAAGAGAACGCAACAGCUAUGUACGAAGUGGAUGCCUUCAAACAGGGUCCUGAGAUGAAAAGGGUUUUGGAAAAAAUUGCGGCUACUUUGUGUGUACCAGUGCGUGAUUUAAAUGCAGAUUUGGUUCAAGUUGCUUUUUUUACCUGUUCGUUCGAGUUAGCUAUUAAAAAUGUGAAUUCUCCCUGGUGCUCACUCUUCAAUGAAGAUGAUGCUAAGGUACUAGAAUACCUGAAUGACCUAAAGCAGUACUGGAAGAGAGGAUAUGGGUAUGAUAUCAACAGUCGUUCCAGCUGUAUUUUAUUUCAAGAUAUCUUCAAACACUUGGACAAAGCCAUUGCAGAGAAAAGAAGGUUCCAUGCCCUUUCUUCACCUGUAAUCCUGCAAUUUGGACAUGCAGAGACCCUUCAGCCACUGCUUGCUCUAAUGGGUUUCUUCAAGGAUGAGGAGCCCCUUGCCGCUAACAAUUACGAAAAACCAAUGCAUCGGAAGUUUCGUAGUGGUCGCAUUGUGCCUAUGCCUCAAACUGAUAUUGUGCUUUAUCACUGUGCCAAGCUAAGACCCCUGAGGAUGGAGUACCAAGUACAGAGACUGUUGAAUGAAAAGCUGCUGCCAUUUCCUCACUCAGAGGAAACCGUGUCUCUGUACACGGAUCUGAAACAUUAUAAGGACAUCCUUCAAACUGCCACUUCAGUGAAGAAUGUAAUGAUCAAAAACUAAUGAUACUUCCACUGACGAACUGUUGAGGGAGCAGAAUAGAGCAAAUAUCAUGGAAAUUGAUUUCUGGUAGGCAGUUUGGUUUGUGUGGUGAACAAGUGUUUCUCAUCAGUGUUGGUUUUUUAUUUCCUGCUCAUAUAUUCACAUUCUUCUCUUACAUCUCCAGACUGAUGAUAAAUGCUUAUCCUAUGUCUUAAUUCAGGAUUUCUUACAAUUCUAAGCAUAUAUGUCCUAUUGCAUGAGCACAAUUUUGAAAAUAAUUUCUUUAUUAACUGGCUGUGGGGAUAAGCUUGUUUACAAAUAUGAAGAUGCAAGUAAAGUAUAUUUCUACAUUUAUAUGCAUUAACUAUAUAAUUAUUUAUAUUAUUCCUGUUUUCUAAGCUUGCACAGUAGAUCGGUUUAGUGGACCAGGACACUUUAGCUUACCAGAACGGCACUUAAUGGGACUGAUGGCAUUUCCCUCUCAUCUGACUCCCCCUUUCUAUCCUUCCUUCUGUUUCUUAGUGUUUCUGUGAUGUCUCAGGCAUAAAAUGAUCCUCUCCUAUUUGCUUAUUUACAGCUAGAUGUUGGCUGCCCUUUCAGGGUUCAGAAGGAAAAGGCGCAAAGUGCUUUCAUCUCUCCAACCACUGUCUAGGCAGGAGUCAGUCAUGAGUCUAAUUCCUGCACUCUUCUGAGCAUAGCAACUUCCUUGGAUAGUGCACCAAGGGGUAUUAUCCACCCAAAAAGACACAGGGAGUUGAAUUUCCAUGGCAUAUAAAGCUUCUGCCUACCUGCCAGAGCUAAUUGGUCCCUGAGGGAAGUGUGUCCUGAAUUUUCUGAAGCCGUGCAAUGGCUGUUGCUCUAGAGAUGUACAAUUCUCUGCCAGUCUUAUAGGUCUCCUUCAAUUUCAUACUGUUCUUGUUUAACAGUUCAGGUUAGGCAUAUGAAUAUUGCCUGUUUGGCCCCAUUCAGACUGGAUUUCCUCAUCCUCUGACAAGUGGUGGUGAUAGUAUAGUCUAAUAACUAUCAGGCAGGGAUUUUUUAUAUUGUUCUGGAACCAAAUGCUAUCGUUAUAUUAGCCACCUUGGGCUUUUUGGGUAUGUCUACUCUGCAACUGGAGUGUCCUUCCAGCUUGGGUCAACAGACAUGAACUAGUUCUGCUUGAGCUAGCGUGCUAAACAGCAGUGUAGCCAAGAGUAGCAUGGGUGGCAGCUUGAGCUAACCACCUGAGUACUAACCCACUGGACACCCUGGGUUCAUACAUGUUUGGCUAGUCCAAGCUCCUACCUGUGCGGCCUCCAGCUACACUGAUGGUUUUGCAUGCAGCUCGAGCAGAGCUAACAUAUGUCUGUCUACCUGAGCUGGGGAAGCACACUCCAAAGUGCAGUGGAGAUGUACCCCCUGUCUAUGUGCCAGCCAAUCCUUGAAACAGGACUGCUUUUUCUAAAAGAAUGGACUACUUGUUCCUUGAAUACAGUAUUGCUAAUUUUUAAAGGAGAUUGCACCUGUAUUGAAGUAGGAUUAUUUGCCACUGAAAAAAUGUAAAAUACUGGAAAGAAAAUUUUAAUAUAAAAAAUGCAGAUAGUUACAAAGAAUAAGUGUCUGAAUAGAAUACAGAUACUGAAAACAGUCAAUAGAAUCCUUAUCAUGAUUGUCUCAUUAGGCAGAUCAGAUUGAGAAACGUCAAGACCCAUAGAAAACCAAUGAAACUCGAGCAGUUGCAAAAUUACAAGGAGUAAAAUUCUAAGUGCCUAAAUCCCACUGAGUUCACUUAGGUGCUCUUGAAAAUUUUGCUCAUGUAUUCUGUUGUUUGCAAGUCAUAUUGGUUAAUUGAAUGAGGAGGGUCAAAUGAGAUGAUAAAAUAACUUUUUGGAAAUAUAAAAUUUGAACUCAAAAUAAUUUUGAAAUAAUUUGAUUUUUAAUACGUUCUAAUGGAACCAUACCUAUAUUUUCAUCGUUUCAAUCUGUUUACAAGGCUUAGCAUUAUGCUGGGCAGUACAAUGCUGUAUUAUAAAUGUGCCAAUCUCAAAGAAGGACUUGUCACUGAAUGGAAUUACUAAAACGGUGGGUAUUUCUAAACAUUUGGAAACAUUCUUAGUGAAAUAUUAGUACCUUAGUAAAGCUAAAUCACUGCACGUUAUUUUUUAAGUGAAUCAAGUACUGAUAGGAUGGAUAAGAACAUCAUUUAUACUGAAGCAAAUGUGACAAAGAAAUGAACUGUCAGUAUUUGUAUGAUCUUUUCUGUUUUAUCUCCAUCUUCAUAUCAGCUUUUUCUCUUGCUUGAUCCUAUAUUGAAGCUAUAGUAGUAUAUGACUUCAGUUAUUGUCAUAAUAGCAUUUCAUAAUACUCAUUAUUAUGGGCUUCACUGCAGGAGCAAGUGGGAGAAAAGCUAUGAAGAAUUAAACUUUUUCUAAACACACUUAGCUUAAAUACAAAGUAAGCAUAAGCAAUUAUGAAAAGCCCCCUGAAACAAAUAAUCUUCUAUUCCAGUAGUGAUUCACCUUGUUUUAAUGAGACUGUGUUCUGCUUUGGAACCUAUGGGUUGAAAUGUUUUCCUCAUUGAAGGUUGGAAGUUUUUUCCACUUCUAGGAGCCAGGAUUUUACCCUAUGAAGUUUAUUAAAAGGGAUCAGAUGACAAAAUUGGAGUAUAUAGACAAAUGGACAUAAGCCUCCUAUAACUAAAGCAGCCGCCUUUUUCAUUCACUUAAAUUUGCUCCAAGAUGGAGGUACUACUGAGUCGUCCCAUCCACUGUAGUGCGUGGAGGCUUUUUUUCGGGGGGGGGGGAACAGGGAGGGGAAUGUGUAAAGGGAAGCAGAGGUGCGUUCUUUUUUUCAGCGGAGGACAAUUCAGUAGUGUCCUGCCAGUCAAUCAGUGUGCUGGGUGGAAAAUCAGUUUGAAUAAUUGAAAUUGUGCUAUUUUGAUACUGCUGUAUUAUGUGUAAGGUGUUUUGGAAAACUGAAGCUUGAUUUACUUGUUUGGCAUAAUCAGAUGUAUGUUUUUGGAGCUCAUUAUUUCAGACAGUGAUUUAAUUUGCAGAAUUCUAAUAAAAGGUUACCGAUGCAAAUGUAUAUUUGAAAAUGUACUACAUGAAUGUUGUAACUGCUCCUUAAGAUUUUAACUUCGGUUGGGUGAUUUAGUGUAACCUGUAAAUUUAACAUAACUUGCUGUUUAGUAAAUGAAAAAGGAAACUAAGAAA